AUGGGGAAGCCCUCACCGCAGCCGGAUGGGGCGGGUGGCUGCCGGGAGCGAGAAAAACUCAAGCACCACAAAAUCAUCUUCGUGGUGGGUGGCCCCGGCUCGGGGAAGGGGACCCAGUGUGAGAAGAUCGUGCAGAAGUAUGGCUACACCCACCUCUCCACGGGGGACCUGCUGCGGGCAGAGGUCAGCUCAGGCUCGGAGCGGGGCAAGAAGCUGCAGGCCAUCAUGGAGAAGGGCGAGCUCGUGCCCCUGGACACGGUGCUGGACAUGCUGCGGGACGCCAUGGUGGCCAAAGCAGACGUGUCCAAGGGCUUCCUCAUCGACGGCUACCCCCGCGAGGUGAAGCAGGGAGAGGAGUUUGAGAAGAAGAUCGCCCCCCCCACGCUGCUGCUCUAUGUGGACGCAGGGAAGGAGACGAUGGUGAAACGCCUGCUGAAGCGAGGCGAGACCAGCGGGCGGGUGGACGACAACGAGGAGACCAUCAAGAAACGCUUGGAGACUUACUACAAGGCCACCGAGCCCGUCAUCGCCUUCUACAAGAGCAGAGGCAUUGUCCGCCAGCUCAACGCCGAGGGCUCCGUGGAGGAGGUUUUCCAGCAGGUCUGCUCCCACCUCGACAGCCUGUAGCCGAACCCCCGGCCCCACUCCCCCCAGCGCACUCCGGCAGAGACAGCGGAAGCGGCUUUAUCCUGUUUUCGUGGACGGAGCCACGCGGAGGAAAUUUCAAGGACAUUGUGUUUGGCUCUUUCCCGUCUCUCCCCAGUAAAGUUCACUUUAAUGA